GCGGCCCGGUGAGGGGAGCGAGGCGGCGGCGAUGGCGGCGGCGCUGCUGCUGUGCUCCGCCCUGCUGUGCGCGGCGCUGGGCUGCGCGGACGCGGCGCUGAUUCCUCCCGCCGACGUGAAGGUGGAGGUGCUGCACAAGCCUUUCCUCUGCCACAGGAAGACCAAGUGGGGGGACAUGAUGCUGGUUCACUACGAGGGCUUCUUGGAGAGGGACGGCUCCAUGUUUCACUCGACUCACAAGCAUAACAAUGGUCAACCUAUGUGGUUUACACUUGGCAUAAGGGAAGCUCUCAAAGGCUGGGACAGAGGGUUGAAGGACAUGUGUGUGGGAGAGAAACGGAAGCUAACUAUUCCACCAGCCCUUGCUUAUGGAAAAGAAGGGAAAGGAAAAAUUCCACCUGAGAGCACAUUGAUUUUCAACAUUGACCUUCUAGAAAUUAGAAAUGGACCGAGGUCUCAUGAGUCAUUCCAGGAGAUGGAUCUUAAUGAUGACUGGAAACUAUCCAAGCAGGAGGUGAAAAUUUACCUGAAGAAAGAAUUUGAAAAGCAUGGAGCAAUAGUAAAUGACACCCAGCAUGAUGCUUUGGUUGAAGACAUAUUUGAUAAAGAGGAUGAAGACAGUGAUGGGUUUAUAUCUGCGAGGGAAUUCACGUACAAGCAUGAUGAGCUGUAGAAAGAAAAGGAUGGCAUAAUUUUUUUUGACACAAAUAGCAGUGACUUAGACUGUCUGGUUCUCGUGUCAUCUUAAUUCUGUGUUUCGGAAUUGACAAUUGCUGUUGGCAAAGAAACACUUCCUUUAUAUAAAAGAGAAUUUCUAUUCAUUAUGUACAAGUGUUUUAAACUAUUUUGAAGUGUGAAAAUGUACCUCCUCUUAAAAGCGAAGACUUGCACAUCAGUGUUUUUAAAAUUUUGUAUUAAAUUAUUUUUUAGAAAUGUAA